AUGAGUGGUCCUAACGGGAUGCUGUAUGGUGGCGAUGAAAUAGGCGCGUUGGUUUUCGAUCCUGGGCAUCAUUCCUUGCGCGUUGGUUAUGCUCAGGAAGAUACGCCUAAAGCCGAUAUUCCGGCUGUGGUUGGCGUUGGACCGGCCACCCAUAUCCCUGAACCUGAGGAGAAGGUCCCUGAUGGCAAUGUCACGCAAAGCGGAACAAAGGCGGGUGGUGAUCUCCGCCACUAUAUAGAUGUGACGGAGCUGCAUGUGCCCCGUGCGGGCAUGGAGGUCAACACCUAUAUGAAAGACGGACAGGUCGAUAAUUGGGACCUCUUUGAGAAGAUGCUUGAUUAUUGUUACGCUAAGGUUAUCCGUUCCCCUUCCGAACACCACCCAGCUCUAUUCACCGAAGCUGUCUGGACGACGCGGCCAGCUCGAGAGAAGCUAGCAGAACUCCUUUUCGAGAAGUACCAGGCGCCUGCAUUCUUCCUGGUGAAGAGUGCAGUACUGGCUGCAUUUGCCAACGGGAAGAGCACGGCUUUGGUCGUCGAUGCUGGAGCCAGUCAGACUUCUGCCGUGCCUGUUAUUGAUGGAUAUGCGCUUGUGAACGCCGCCGUCCGGUCCCCAGUCGGAGGCGACCACCUCGCGGCGCAAGCCAAACACAUGCUGUCCAACUUACAUAUACAGAUGCUGCCCAUAUACAGUAUACAGAGCAAGGAAGUGAUAAGAGAGCGCGAGCGUGGCCGCUACACCCUGAAGACGCUCCCGGCGGGACUGACGCACUCCUGGCAACAAUACAUGCUCAAACGGCAGUACGAGGACUUCUGUCACUGUGUCGCGCAGAUAUCAGAGAGCCAGUACGAGGAGCGCCAAGCGGCGUCAGUCCCGUUCACCCACUACGAGUUCCCCGGCGGGUACCACCAGGACUUCGGCCCUGAACGGUUCAAGCUCACCGAGUGUCUGUUCGAACCUACGUUGGGGGCGCCGCAUUUGGUGUGCGCGGCCGCCGCGGCGUGCGACGCGGACGCGCGGCCCGCGCUGUGGGGCUCCGUGGUGGCGUGCGGCGGGCUGGCGAGCACGCCGGGCUGGCUCGAGCGCCUCGCCAAGGACCUCGCCGCGCGCGCGCCCAGCUCGCAUCGCCUCAAGACCACCGCCGCGCCCAACCCCACGGAGCGACGGUUCGCCGCCUGGAUCGGUGGCUCGAUCCUAGCUUCCAUAGGCUCCUUCCAGCAGAUGUGGAUAUCAUCACAAGAGUAUGAUGAAGGCGGCAAAGGGCAGCUCGAGAGGAAAUGCCCUUAA